AUGCCGCAUGUCAUGGACGACUGCCUCGGCAUUGUGCAGCUUCUUAGCGACGGCACCGGCGAGGUGCCAUCCAACCUACCCAUCCAGUGGAAGGACGUCGUCUACAACGCCGCGCACGCGCUCCACCUCCGCAUGUACAGGCCCACCGACGACAACACGACGACGGCCAAUAAUAAGCUACCGGUGCUCGUCUACUUCUACGGCGGCGGCUUCUGCCUGUGCAGCUUCGAGCUGCCCCACUUCCAUGCCGGCGCGCUCAGGCUCACCACGGAGCUCUCGGUGCUCGUGCUCUCCGCUGACUACCGCCUGGAGCCCGAGCACCGCCUCCCCGCGACGCACCGUGACGCCGAGGCCGUCCUGUCGUGGCUCCGCGCCUAG